GUUGAUGGCUUGUACUUGACAUUCAUCUCUUGAGAAUGGAGUCAAUCAUCAUGAAGGAAGUAGGUUAUUUGAGAAUGAUUAUAUGUCAAAUGAGUAUUGAUUUGUAUCCUUGCACCCUCAAGGGCGGAAUCGAAACCACGUCGGCCGUGACGUUACACAUUUCUCCACACUUCUCCAACCUUGCUAUCCCAAGGACGAUGUAACUAUGCAGGUUGUUCACCUAGGCUUAUCAAGGUGGUUCAAACUCUCUCGUGUUCAAACUUUCAUUUGUCAGUUUCGGGGGUCUUCUCCAAUCAUUGAUAAGCAAACUGGGAUAGGAUACCUAUAUCUAGUAUAAAUAGAGUGUUAAGGUACUAUCAGAGCGAGCCUACUUUCACGUAAUUAACUUCCCAUCCCCUCUCAUCCCAAAGGGUUUUGUGCACUACAGCUGUUCAGAACCAUCACACGCUGCAUCUCUUGUGAUCGAAUAUCCAAAAUGACCCACCAAGACUUUGAAACCUUCAAGCUUGGAGAUUGGGAGCUACAAAGUGGAGAAAAACUCAUCGAGGCGUCUAUCGCAUACAAGACAUUUGGUGACCCGAAGUCGCCAGCUAUCGUUUACCCCACAUGGUUUUCCGGAUCGAUCUCGGAUAACGUCUGGUUGAUCGGAGAAGACAAAACACUCAAUCCCAAGACGUACUUCAUCGUUAUCCCGGCGCUCUUUGGGAAUGGCCAAUCAACCUCCCCGUCCAACUAUUCCGCUUCCGAUGUAUUUCCGACAUGUUCCUUCUACGACAACGUGCGCGCCCAAUAUACACUGGUCACACAGCAAUUGGGCAUAACGCAUCUGCACGCUGUGGUCGGGUGGUCGAUGGGCGCAGCCCAAAGCUAUCAGUGGGCGACGCAGUACCCGGACUUCAUGGACUUGGUGGUGCCAUUCUGCGGGUCAGCAAGGACCUCCUUGCAUAACCAGGUGUUCUUGGAGGGGGUGAAAGGUGCGCUGUUAGCAGCAAAGCACACGCCCUCUGCUGUACUGAGAGAUACCCGCUCUCUCGAGGCUGGACAGGCGUCAAGAAUAUGGAAUGCCCAGGAGAGGCAAAUCGGCUUGAAAGCUUUGGGCAGGGUUUAUGCUGGUUGGGGCUUUAGCCAAGCUUUCUACAGAGAAAAGCUGUAUGAGACUACACUUGGCUACAAGAGCCUGGAGGACUUUAUGCAAGGUUUCUGGGAGAAGUGGGCUCUAUCUAAAGACCCUGAAAAUCUGCUGGUUCAUCUGCAAACAUGGCAGCAAGGGAACGUGAGCAAUCAAGAGCCAUACAAUGGCGACUUUGAGAAGGCCAUGGCCUCAAUCAAAGCGAAGACGUUGGUGUUGCCGGGAAAAACCGACCUUUACUUUCCCCCGGAAGAUUCUGAGUAUGAGGUUGCAUGCAUGAAACCGGGAAUCGGUACACUUCGGGUUUUCCCCUCCAUUUGGGGUCACUGGGCGGGGGGCCCUGGUGACAGUAAGGAUGAUGUUGAGUGGCUUGACAAGCAACUGGCCCAGUUUCUGGGGAAGCAUUCGGGAGCGUCAUUGUAAUUGGUUACGCCGUAGGUCUGCU